AUGGCCAAGAAGGCGCGCCAGAGAAUCAGCUAUGUUCUCGAAAACGCCAAAUCCUCCGAUGGCGGCCAUCGCCUCGGCGUCAAUGGCCUCGCAGUCGACAGCGACAACGCCAUUCUCUACUCUGGCGGCCGAGACGGCAUAGUAUGCGCCUGGGACCUGAACCUUGACCUCAAGCGCCGCAGCGACGUCGUAGAUUCCACUCCACCAUCAGAUGAAAAGACCGACGACAAAGCCAAGGCCGCACCCAAGCCUACGACCAAGUUCCGCGCCCAGACCCAUGCCCACAUGCACUGGAUCAACGACAUCGCCCUCGCCCACAACAAUACCGCCCUCGUCUCCGCCUCCUCCGAUCUAACAGUCAAGCUAUGGCGCCCGCAUUCCGAAGGCAACAACACCCAAGCCGAGACCAUUGGAGAGCAUGCAGACUAUGUCAAGGUCGUCGCUACUCCUCCCGCGGACAUGGGUGUGAAUUGGGUUGCAUCCGGAGGGCUCGACCGCAAGAUUUGUCUCUGGGACAUCAAUGGUGGAGGCAAGACUCUAGAGAUUGACGUCAAGGGUGACGACAUUGCUGAGAAGGGCUCCGUGUACGCUCUCCGCGUCGGUCGCAAUAUCAUGGCCAGCGGUGGUCCAGAGAAGAUUGUGCGAUUGUACGACCCUCGAACCGGCUCCAAGGUCUCUAAGCUCGUCGGCCAUGUCGACAACAUCCGGUCUAUCCUCAUUGACGACGCUGGUGACACUAUUAUUAGUGCCAGCGCCGACAAGACGAUCAAGAUGUGGAGUGUCAAGGGUGGACGGUGCAUGUACACCUUUACCAUGCACGACGAGAGUAUUUGGUCGCUUUUCUCAGAUGAUCCGCGACUCGGCAUCUUUUACAGCACUGAUCGCUCGGGCUUAGUAGCCAAGACAGACGUACGAGGCAGCCUCGAGGACAUGGAUGAUGGUCUUAGUCUCGCGGUUGCUCAGGAGCACAUUGGUGUGAGCAAGGUUGUUGCCGCUGGCGGCCACAUCUGGACCGCAACAAACCGAUCAUCUAUCAACCGAUGGCAGGAUAUUGAUACCGGCAUCGAUAUCCAGCUCCCCGAAUCAUUCCGACAUCAGAGAGCCACAUCCAACGCCUCGAGCAGGCCACGCGAAUCCUCCCCUCCAGCGGUUAAUGGAGCCUCCAAAAAGAAGGAGAUACCUGCCGAGUCCAUCCUGCGUGUCUCUGCUGCAGCUGUGUUCCCAACUCGGAGUGUUCCGGAUCCCGAGACCAAGUCCGUUAGUGAGACCUUGACGCGGAAGGGAUCCGAGGUCGUGAUAGACCACCCUGACCCUGAAGUCAAGCCGGUUCAUGAUCAACCCGAAGAGACCAUUGAGGGCCAAUUUGGCCUCCUGAAACACAUGCUACUCAACGAUAGGAGACGGGUCUUGACACUGGACACGGCUGGCGACGUGUUACUUUGGGAUCUCAUCAAGUGCAAACCAAUCCAAAGUUUUGGGAAACAACAUCUCGAAGAUGUGGAGACUGUUGUAAACACGGUUGAAGCAGUGGCGCCUUGGUGUUCAAUCGAUAUCAGUUCUGGUAACCUUACUGUGGUUCUGGAGCCGUUUAAUUGCUUCGAUGCUGAAGUUUACGCCGAUGAGAUUGAGCUAGAUGAGCCCAUUGAGUUCAGGGAGGACCAGCGAAUCAGCCUUGGAAAAUGGAUUCUUCGGUAUCUAUUUGCUGACUUGAUUGACGAGGAAAUCAAGCGUGAUGAGGCAUACCGACAAAAACUAAACGAGGGCGUUGAGGCGAGACAGGCUGCCGCGGCGGCUAUAGCUGCGAGUGCACCGAUGUCGAUAUCACUCCCGACUUCAACCAUACAAGGCUGGGAGAAUGCCGACCCACUCACAACUCCAAGGGCCAGUGGACAGUAUCCCCCAAUGACUCCAGGACUGGCAAUCGGUCUCGCAACCCCUGGGCCCUCCAUAAUUGCCCAACCGUCUCUACCGGGUGUCCCAGAGGAUGCACUGUCUGCUCCCAUGAGUCCGCUCGAGAAGAGGGCGUCUCACGCUAGUCGCCCAUCUGUAGACAGGGAAGACUACUUCACGAGCUCCAUCAACCCUGUAGAAGGGGCUGCGAAACCAGCCGUAGCGCCACAAACUCCUGCAGCGGAGCCCGCCGAGGGCAAGACUUCUACCGACGGUAAGGACGCCGACAAGGAUAAGGACAAUGGCAAGUCUCCGAGCACGCCUUUCGGCAAGAAGUUCCGCAUGUCGUUUGGAACGAAGAAGUUGGGCCGAUCAGCAUCGCAAGCCACCCAGGACAAGCCCGUCAUCGUGGAAGAGAAGGCGGAGGAAUCCGAGUCCUCUUCGGUUCACGAUAAGGAAGUCGACGACAGCUUCUUCGGCGUGAUCCAGAAGAUUCGUCAAGAGUACGACAAGCAAUUGGCUGAGAACCCUGAGAAAAUUGUCGAGACUGGCGUGGUGCCUAGCUUGCCUAAUGAUACACCCGUCCUGAAGCUCCCAUCUGGUACCAAGGUGGUUAUCCAGGAGGAGACGUCUGGCGGCAGCGCCAAUAUCUACCAAGGAACCGUCCAGCACGUUGGUCAGGAUGCGGACUUUAUCGAGCAGAAGGCUCCCAUGUGGCUUGGCGAUGUCCUCUUGCAGAACACGAUGCCGUUCAAGGAACCCGUCAAGGUCUCGUUCGUGUUGUACCCCGUGGAUGAUAGCAUACCCGCCAUUGCUUCCACAGACGGAAACAACAGGCUUAAUGCCAACCGCAUGCUGCGUGUCAAGAAGAUUCUUGCAUACGUCGCGGAGCGGGUCGAACCUCCGCUUGAGGAGUCUGAGGAGGACGAGCUCAAGCCAGAAGAGUACUUGGAACUUUACUGUAACGAUCAGUUGUUAUCCCCCAUGACCAGUCUGGCAGCCCUCCGCACGCACCUCUGGAAGGGCGGCAGCGAUAUCGUCCUCCACUACAAGACCAACGGCCGCAGGGAGCUCCGACCUUUCCCACCGUCCCCAGUCCUGAAGCCGGCCGAGGAAGAGGAGGCCCAGGAACCGCCCGCCGCAAUUUCAGAACCGAGCACUGAAGCCCAGGCACCGUGA